GAAAGGGGGGGAGGCUAGGCUAGUUCAUGUAGCUAGCUUGUGUAGCAGUGUUCACUCCGCUGUACCGCUCCGGUUUAAGCUCCAGGCUCGAGGCGAGACUUCAUGGUGGGAAAGUCUGUCUUGAAUUAACCCCUGAAACCGGAUGUGUGUUUGAGAGACGGGACCGAGCACUUCCGCUAGCUAAAUAACUGUGUCUCUCGGGAGCGCGCGCGGGCGCGGGCGCGUGCUAGUUGAGAGUGACGACGAAGCGUCUUGCUAAGCUAGCGGUGUGAGAAGGAGGAGGAGGAGAGGGACACACAGGGGGACACACAGGGGGACACGCAGACGGAGAAAAGUAGCUCCGACAUCAUCUCCAGAUCCUCAGAUGGAUUAAUGGCCGACUUCUGCACGAAUAACAUUAAAGAGGAGUACAUUUCUCUUUUCCGGCCCGGAAACUUGAGCUGAGGUGAGUGAAACACACACACACACACACACACACACACACACAGAGGAAUGGCUGAGGGUGCUCCGGUGUCUCCUCGUCUCCUCGGGCUCGAGCGAGUGAAGCUGUGAGCCGGACGCGGCGUUCUCACCGGAGCGGAAUGAUUUAGCAGCGUGGCAGCAGCCGUGCUCAUCAAAAAGAGGAGGAGGAAGAGGAAGAAGAUGGGGGUUAAUGCCUCCAGCUAUCCUCACUCGUGUUCCCCUCGGUUCGGGGGACAUUCGCCGACCCAGCAGACCUUCAUAGCCCAGAGUUACGGCGUGGAUUCCAAGCUGUACAGUUUGGAGCACUGCCCAGAGAAACCUCAGGACAAGAAGAAGAAAAGCUCGAGCCUGGCAACGCUGAAGCGGAGGUUUAUAAAGCGGCGUAAGGCGAGCCGCUCUGCCGAUCACGCACGCCACAUGAGGGACCUGCUCUCGGGCUGGGAUGUGCGCGACGUUGCCGCCCUGGUGGAAGAGUACGAGGGCACGGCCGCGCUCAAGGAGCUCAGCAUGCAGGCGUGUCUGGCUCGGCCCGAGGCCCGCACCCUGCCCCAGGACCUGGCGUCUCUUUACCAGCACAAGUACUGCACAGACGUGGAGCUGAUCUUCCAGGACACGCGCUUCGCCGCGCACCGCGCCGUCCUGGCCGCCCGCUGUCCCUUCUUCAGGACUCUGCUGUCCUCGUCGCCCGGGUUCAGCACCCAGCUGCUCCUGGACGUGGGCGCGGCGGGGAUCGACGCCUCCAUGUUCUCAGCGCUGCUGCGUUACCUGUACACCGGCGAGUUGGGAGGCGACGACGCCCGCCUGCACAACGUGGACGUCCUGCUGAGGCUCAGCGAGGAGUUCGGGACGCCCAGCUCUCUGGAGACGGACAUGCGUGAGCUGCGCCAGAGGAUGUGCUACUACGACUCGGUGCUCUGCUUCUCCUCCGACUCGGAGCCGGACGAAGCGUUCGGGCCGGACCUGAGCGGAGAGGAGGAGGAGCUGAAGGCCCACAAGGCCAUCCUGGCGGCGCGCUCGCCGUUCUUCAGGAACUUGCUGCAGCGGCGCGUCCGCGGGGCCGAGGAGGAGAGCGUGCCCGCACGCAUCGUCCUGAACGAGUCGAUAAUCCCGCGGAAGUACGCUGGCGUGGUGCUGCACUGCAUGUACACGGACGCCGUGGAGCUGGAGCGCGUGGUCCGGAGCCCCUCGACCGGAAGCCUGGGAGAAGCUCAGGCUUUAGCUGCAGGGAAGGGGAGCAUGAGCAGAGCUGAGGAAGCCAUGGAGCUCUACCACAUCGCCCUCUUCCUCGAGUUCAGCAUGCUCGCACAGGGCUGUGAGGACAUCGUGGUAGAGAGUAUCUCUCUGGACUCCGUGGUUCCUAUCCUGAAAUGGAGCUCUCAGCCGUACGGAUCUAAGUGGGUCCAUCGCCAGGCGCUGCACUUCCUGUGUGAGGAGUUCAGUCACGUGAUGACCUCAGACGUCCUGUACGAGCUGAACAAGGAGUACCUGCUGGGGGCCAUCCAGUCUGAUUACCUGCAGGCCAGUGAGCAGGACAUCCUGAAGUACGUGGUGAAGUGGGGAGAACAUCAGCUUAUAAGGAGGAUGGCUGAUCGAGAGCCCAACCUGCUAAGCGGCACAGCUCACAGCGUGAAUAAGCGUGGAGUGAAGAGGCGGGAUCUGGAUGUGGAGGAGCUGAAGGAGAUCCUGUCCCCUCUGUUGCCAUGUGUGCGAACCGAACACAUUCUGCCCACCCACAGUGAGGUGCUCUCAGACACGCUGAAGCGUGGUCUGAUCAGCACACCUCCGUCAGACAUGAUCCCCACAGUGGAAGGAGGAAAAGCCAACGCCUGGCUAAGGCAGAAGAGCGCGGGGAUCUACGUGAGGCCUCGUCUCUUCACGUCGUACGUGGAGGAGGCCAAGGCCGUCCUGGAUGAGAUGAUGGUGGAGCAGACGGACCUGGUGAGGCUGCGGAUGGUGCGCAUGUCCAACGUCCCCGACACUCUUUACAUGGUUAAUAACGCUGUACCCCAGUGCUGUCACAUGAUCAACCACCAGCAAAUGACCGGCAGCCAAACUGCCCCACCCUCAGUGGUGGCCAAUGAGAUACCAGUUCCCAGGUUGGCGGUGGUGAAGGAGAUGAUUCGGCGUCUGCACGAGCUGCGUCACACGGAGCAGGUGCAGCGAGCGUACGCUCUGAACUGUGGUGAAGGAGCCACGGUGAGUUACGAGCUGCAGAUCCGAGUGCUCAGGGAGUUCAGUCUGCCUGACGGAGCUGCAGAGCUGCUACAGAACCCUCACAAGUUCUUCCCAGACGAGCGUUUCGGAGACGAGAGCCCGGUGCUGGCCCUGCGUCCGCCCGCCCGCUGUCGGGUCAACAGCACUCCGGCUAUGGAGAGCAUGUUCCCCGACCUGCAGGCCGCAAUGAGCCUCCAUCCACCCCUGCCUCCUCCACCGCCCCCGUACCACCCGCCCACCACUCAGCACAUCCGGAGCGGCUGGAGACCCCGCGUGCCCACCCAGCAGCCCUCACGCUCCUUCUCCUAUCCCUGUAAUCACUCACUACUACACACACAGGCCUCCUCCAAAAUGGCCAGUCCUAUUUACCCAGCCACGGGGGUCAAGCCCAUUCCCCCGGACUGUACCAACCCGCCCGGGAGGGUCCUUAACCCCAACAAGAAAGGGAACAUGGAGCCGGUCAUUAACGAGUUCAUGCCGGACAUCGCCAUGGGCGUAUCAGCCAUGAGUCUGAAGGACCGCCGUCUUCCCGAGGUCACCAUGGAAGUGGAAAGUCUCGACCCGCGUCCUCUGCUGUCCACGGUGCCGCCUGUCUCUCAGUGUUUCUCCGGGCGGCACCUGCACACGUCGUCACGCAAACGGCACGCGGCCGAACCCAAAAGCGACGCCCCGCAGCACACACACUUCCCCGACCUGUACGAACUGUACACGCACGGCCGCGCCGACGCCGCGCACAGGCUCCACCUCGCCCUGGGAGCUCAGGCCAACCAGAGAGCAGCACCUAAAGGAGAGACCGACCUGACGUGUGGCCUGAGCCCCGACACAGAGCCCUACGACGAGUGGAAUCGGAGAGUCACGGGCCCCGGGGCCGCCUCCGCAUCCACCUCCACAGCAGCGGCAGCGGCAGGGAUGUCCGAGGACGCGAUCGGGGGGCGAGAGCGCAGGUCGCCUAAUAAGCACGAAUACCUGUACAGGAAAUCUGCACUAUGACCCUGAACAGAGACUCCAGGAGGCUUUAAGGCACAAAAUCACACAUGUAAUGCUGGGCUUUGAGUACAGGGGGAAUCUGAAGAUUAAAUCUCGUCCAUUUUAUAUUUUAAAACUAUUAAAACGUCCUCGUAAACGCCGCCGAAGCUCAAACUCACUCCUGACAAUCAGAGUCGAAAUAAAAAUCUAAAUCAAGUCCCCGAGCUGCGGAAGCCACGAUGCAGAACCGUCACUGUGCGAUCCCGCUACGUUCACGUUUCUCUGCCCGACACGUGAGCUGAGAGAGACGGAGAGAGAAAUAUAUAUUUAUACAGAUGUAUUAUGCAUUUAUCUUUGCUUAGGAAUAAACUGAAAAAAAAACUAAAA